CACGCCCACUCGUCGCCAACGUCAACAAAAGACAACGUGCUAAACAAAAUCUCAGACCAACAACAAAAUGCGAAUUCGAAGAUAAUCGAAAAUGGUGUAGAUAGCAUUUGUAACACAACUAAAAACGAUGGAUACCGACGCAAAGGCUCCGAGCAGAAGGAAAAGAGAUCUUCCCCCAAUUCCUCAAGGACAGAGGCUCCCUUGUAUUCCCUUGUAUGCUGAAGUGGAAGAGCAAAAAAAGAUGAUCGGGGACCACGUGCACUUCCAUCUAUGCCAAGAAGAGAUACCUGCCCCAAAGAGUAUGAAAAAGAAAGCCAAAAGAGAUGUGGAGAAACCUGAUGAUGGUGGAAUGGAAAUGGGAGGGCUGGCCAGUUGCAGAGAGUCUGAAAAUCAAGAGCCUUUGACCCCAGAGCCUCUAGACAAUCCACCACAGAGGAGAAAAAAGAAGAAGAAAGCACAGGCUAUUGAUGUUGAAAGAGAUCAGACAGACCUUGUGUCAAAUGGAGAUAUGAUGGAUCAGAACACUGAUGAAGAGGUGACAAGGAAACCAAAAAAGAGGAAAGUGAAGCCUAAAGUGACAGAUACACAGUCCAACAAUGAACUAGAUGUCGAAGAUGAUGACAUCAUUACAGACCCCCAGAUGCCGGUCCCUCAGCAUUCAUUGUUCUCUGCUCCUCAAGGGCAGAGCCAGCCUGUGGGGAAGGUGUUCAUUGAGAAGAGCCAUCGUUUUCAAGCAGCUGAGCGAGUGGACCAUUGGAAGCCCAGCAGCCAGAUGGAGCAGAGCUUUAUGGACAUUCAUUCCAUGUGGACAACUAGAGAUGUGUCUAUGAGAGUACACAGCGGCUUCAGGGUUGUUGGUUUGUUUUCUCAUGGCUUCCUGGCUGGUUAUGCUGUGUGGAACAUAAUCCUGGUCUAUGUGUUGGCUGGUGAACAAAUGAGAAAUCUUUCCAACCUUCUUCAGCAGUAUCAUACUCUGGCCUACCCUGCACAAUCCCUGCUCUACCUGCUGCUGGCACUCAGCACUGUUUCUGCCUUUGACAGGUUGAAUUUGGCUAAAGCUCCUGCGGCCAUGCGCAGUUUACUAACCCUGAAUCCGGUGGCACUUGCUUCCCUCUUGUACUUCUCUGCACUUGUUUUAUCAUUGAGCCAGCAGAUGACUAGCGAUCGCAUUAAUCUCUAUAAUCAAUACUCCAGCUUAAAUGUGACACUGUGGCAGCCAGGCUCAGAGCGUACCAUCCUGUACCCCUGGCUCAUAGUGAACCUGGUGGUCACUCUGCUAGUCGGGUUGGCCUGGGUUUUGAUGUCAACAAGCCCAGAUAUUGACCACACAGAAGGUACUUUUAUCCAAACCAAAUGAGAAGUACAAUAGAAGUGAUUCAUCCCAAGGAGGCAGCAAUAAGAAGUGCAUUAAUGCAAAGUUGCAAAUUGCCUAGAGAAGCAUAUGUAGCACUUGAAGGCUGGGGGUUGCAGAGCCAUUGGUUGUUCUGAAAAGCAUCGAUGCCUUGAAUUUGAUGAGCAACCAUUAUGGUUUAAUGAGGCAUGACAUCCACUCUCUUUGGCUCAUUAAAGACCAUUAAUCCUGCUGCAUUCUGGAUCAGUUGCAGUGGUUUGACUGUACAUGCAGGGAGGCCUGUCUGAAGAGCAUUACAGUAGUCCAGUCCAGAUAUUACUAGAGCCUGGGCAAGAGUUCUUUAAUCAAGAAUGACACAAAGAUGUUAAAAAAAUACAAAUUCCUUAAGAUUUAUUUAACUCUGGAAAUGUGAGGUCAAGAUGAGUGCAUAGCAUUAUACCACAGAGCAUGCUUGGAUACUUCAAUCAUUUUGGGAACGUACUUGUAUUCCAUGCAUACAUUAGUAUAAACUGCAGCAAUAGUAUUUUAUUCUGACCAUAGCCUGUAUACAAAUUUAAAUUCUAAUGUUUCCAUUGUUUAAAUAACAGAAUAUGCAUG